CCCCUGGACCCUGGAAGGCUGGAAAAAGGGCCCUGAUCCCAGCCUCAGACAACCAACCCAUGGGACCUAGGAGGGAAGAUGCCGCGGCCCGCAGCGAAGGGCACGCCAGAAGCCGGGUCCGCCAAGCAGCGCGUAAAGGGGGCGCCUGAGACGGACGCCCCCAGGCCUGGCUGGGCGCUGACGCUGGAGGGGCUGGCGGCCAUGCCCCUCACGCAACGUCGCUACCACCUGCUCUUCAGCGACCUGCUGGAGGACGGGGAUGCGGCCGCCUCCAUCUUCCCGCGCGAGUCGGCGGAGCUGGCGUACCGCAUGCCCGACCCGCGGGCCUGGACGCAGCGGCUCGACCAGCCCGCGGGGUGCGCCAGCCCGCUCCUGGGAGUGCUCAAAGCAGCGGAGGCCCGCGGACGCGUGCGCGCCCUGAGGCUACGCUACAUCCGCAUGCGGGCGGAGGAGAUCACGCUCCUGAUCCGACAUCAGGGCUCGGCGCGCGCUGCCAUCCGGCUCGAGCUUUUCCUGCCGCCACAGCUAAAGCCGACGCGGAUCCCGGAUCCUCUGGACAAGCAAGAGAGGCGGCACGUGGAGACCAUCCUGGAGGAGACCGUGGAUGGCAGCAUUUUCCCACGGUGACAGCGACCAGGACUAUGCAGCUAUGCCCC